GCUGUUGUUACAUGCGGCUCUGUAGUGAAGCUACUCAAUACGCGCCACAACGUGCGACUGCACUCACACGACGUGCGAUAUGGGUCAGAUGAGGAAACAAACUCAAAUAAAUCACAUGCUCAGAGACUUGCAGCUAGUGAAUGACAGAGACGGGGUUCGAACCAAAUCUGUCCAGUUUCAAAGCCCGCUUUCAGCUACUCCAGGCUGGCACUACUCAGUGCGGGAGAGACAGACAUGUAGAAAAUUACAGUAGUGGGCAGCAGUCAGUGACAGGUGUAACCUCUGUGGAUGACAGCAAUAGUUACUGGAGGAUACGGGGGAAGACCGCUACAGUGUGUGAGAGGGGAACCCCCAUCAGAUGUGGCCAACCCAUCCGGCUGACACAUGUCAACACUGGCCGAAAUCUCCAUAGUCACCACUUCACCUCACCUCUUUCUGGGAACCAGGAAGUGAGCGCUUUUGGUGAGGAGGGUGAAGGCGAUUAUCUGGAUGACUGGACAGUGCUCUGUAAUGGGCCCUACUGGGUGAGGGAUGGUGAGGUGCGGUUCAAGCAUUCUUCCACUGAAGUUCUGCUGUCUGUCACCGGAGAACAAUACGGUCGACCCAUUAGUGGGCAAAAAGAGGUACAUGGCAUGGCCCAGCCUAGCCAGAACAACUACUGGAAAACCAUGGAAGGCAUCUUCAUGAAGCCCACUGAGUUGUUAAAGACAGAAGCUCAUCACGCAGAGCUAUGAGUCUGGAAGCUGUGAGCCAGUGCCACCGCACAGUGUUCAUGACAUUUGCUGCUGCUGCUCCACCUUGGGAUCCCUGCCACAGGCUCCCCGGGCAGUGGCCUUGUCACCACUGAGAUGAAGAUGCAUGACAGAAUACAGUGGCUGUGGCUGGAAGCUUCAGCCCUUCACACUUGAAUUGGUUGUUCUCCCAGACUUUGGGUCAGUUCUUUUUGAGUACAGGACUUGCUGGUGAAGGAGCACAUACUUUUUGUUCGUAUUGAUAAAACAGAAACUGAGGGAGAUACCUCUCUUAGUUGGGAAAUUUUUACUCCUCAGAAGCUUGGCAUCAUGGAUUAUUGAUGUGUGACUUUUCUCCUACUUUCUCCAGAAUGAUAAAGAAUUUCAUUAUUAGUCA